UCCCAUAUGUCAAAAAUUCGAAAUUAUUUUAUUUGGGAUUUUCUUCGACAUUUAGAGGCAACAAUGUUUCAACGUUUACUAAACAAAAACAUCUUCAUUGUCUUUAUGAAUGGCAAAAAUUCUCUCAGAUCAUAUGCCACCUUACGAAAUUCAUCCAUCAAAAUGAAAAUAAUGGAAGCUCCUGCUAUAACACCCAAAACAUAUCAACAUAAAAACUUGGAACUAGGGCGAGCACUCUCUCCCCAUCUAACCAUCUAUAAGCCUCAAUUAACAUCGAUGAUGUCCAUAACGUUGCGUAUGACGGGCUUUGCUUUGGGUGUUGCAACAUGGGCCAUUGGCUUAACCUCAUUGUGGGGUUCGCAUAAAAUGGAAGACUAUGUGGAAAAAUUAAAAACUUUGCCAAUGAAUGAUUAUGGAUGGAUGGCGGUGAAAACUGUUUUGGGAUUUCCAUUUUCAUUUCAUUUGGUGGCGGGAGCACGUCAUUUGCUUUUUGACACCGCUCGCCUAAUGGAAAUUAAGCAAUUCUAUGCCACAGGCUAUGUGGCACUUGUGCUGUCGGGCAUUAUGGCUGUAGCCAUUGGCAUGGUGGUACCUUUGAAAGGCGAGGAGAGGCAAUAGAGGGUGAGAGGAAGAGAAAGGCUAUAAGGUAAAAUGGAAAAAUUGAAAAUUGGGAUUGAGAUUCUGCACAAUAUGUAAACAAUAAAAUUCUUAAAAUUUCGAAAAUGAAAUUCUUUAAGUAAAAAGGCAUCAAGUUCGGCCACAUUUCAUCAAAACCC